UCAUAGUGCCUACGAAUCGUCUGCGGAGAUGUUAAACCAAGUGCGCCCCAACAGCGGCGCUGCUCGACUGCGCAAGAAACCAUCGCAUGAAUCCACCACAGGGGACGAUCAUCUGUAUAACUCCAGUUGUUACGUCAACAUCGACGUGCACGAUGACAUCACGCGUCAGCACGGCCAAUCAGAUGACGCCAACGGAGCAGUGGUGAACCACAGCGUAUGCGACACGCUGUCGUGGUCUUCGGAAUCGUUUGAUUCUGACUCGCCCCUCUACGCCCAUGCGCACGCAUACGCCUACGCACACACACACGCACACGCACACGCACACGCACACGAACACGAACACGCAUCUGCACACACACGCACACCCUCCCCCUUACGCAUACGUGGACGUACACACGCCGAGAGCGCGCACAGUGCCAUGUCUGAGCCGGUUUUAAGUCGAUCUGUCUGUCUGUCUGAGUAUACGCAAGUGCCUGGGAUGAACACAGACAGUGUGAAUAGCGCCGUGUCUGAGCCGACCUAAAGUCGACCUGUC